AUGGGGUUGCUCGCAGCGAAGGCUUCUCCCGCUUUCCAUCACCCCGCCCCAUUCUCCCGCUUUCCAUCACCCCGCCCCAUUCUCCCGCUUUCCAUCACCCCGCCCCAUUCUCCCGCUUUCCAUCAUCCCGCCCCAUUCUCCCUCUUUCCAUCACCCCGCCCCAUUCUCCCUCUUUCCAUCACCCCGCCCCAUUCUCCCGCUUUCCAUCACCCCGCCCCAUUCUCCCGCUUUCCAUCACCCCGCCCCAUUCUCCCGCUUUCAAUCACCCUGCCCCAUUCUCCCGCUUUCCAUCACCCCGCCCCAUUCUCCCGCUUUCCAUCACCCCGCCCCAUUCUCCCGCUUUCCAUCACCCUGCCCCAUUCUCCCGCUUUCCAUCACCCCGCCCCAUUCUCCUGCUUUCCAUCACCCCGCCCCAUUCUCCUGCUUUCCAUCACCCCGCCCCAUUCUCCCUCCUUCCAUCACCCUGCCCCAUUCUCUCUCCUUCCAUCACCCCGCCCCAUUCUCCCGCUUUCCAUCACCCCACCCCAUUCUCCCGCUCUCCAUCACCCCGCCCCAUUCUCCCGCUUUCCAUCACCCGCCCCAUUCUCCCGCUUUCCAUCAUCCCGCCCCAUUCUCCUGCUUUCCAUCACCCCGCCCCAUUCUCCUGCUUUCCAUCACCCCGCCCCAUUCUCCCUCUUUCCAUCACCCCGCCUCAUUCUCCCGCUUUCCAUCACCCCGCCCCAUUCUCCCGCUUUCCAUCACCCCGCCCCAUUCUCCCCGCUUUCCAUCACCCCGCCCCAUUCUCCCUCUUUCCAUCACCCCGCCCCAUUCUCCCUCAUUCCAUCACCCUGCACCAUUCUCCCGCUUUCCAUUACCCCGCCCCAUUCUCCCGCUUUCCAUCUGCCCACCCCAGUCUCCCUCUUUCCAUCACCCAGCCCCAUUCUCCAGCUUUCCAUCACCCCGCCCCAUUCUCCUGCUUUCCAUCACCCCGCCCCAUUCUCCCGCUUUCCAUCACCCCGCUCCAUUCUCCCGCUUUCCAUCACCCCGCCCCAUUCUCCAUCUUUCCAUCACCCCGCCCCAUUCUCCCGCUUUUCAUCACCCCGCCCCAUUCUCCCUCUUUCCAUCAUCCCGCCCCAUUCUCCCUCUUUCCAUCACCCCGCCCCAUUCUCCCUCUUUCCAUCACCCCGCCCCAUUCUCCCGCUUUCCAUCACCCCGCCCCAUUCUCCCUCUUUCCAUCACCCCGCCCCAUUCUCCCGCUUUCCAUCACCCCGCCCCAUUCUCCCGCUUUCCAUCACCCCGCCCAAUUCUCCCUCUUUCCAUCACCCCGCCCCGUUCUCCCGCUUUCCAUCACCCCGCCUCAUUCUCCCUCUUUCCAUCACCCCGCCCCAUUCUCCCUCUUUCCAUCACCCCGCCCCAUUCUCCCGCUUUCCAUCACCCCGCCCCAUUCUCCCGCUUUCCAUCACCCCGCCCCAUUCUCCAGCUUUCCAUCACCCCGCCCCAUUCUCCCUCUUUCCAUCACCCCGCCCCAUUCUCCCUCUUUCCAUCACCCCGCCCCAUUCUCCCGCUUUCCAUCACCCCGCCCCAUUCUCCAGCUUUCUAUCACCCCGCCCCAUUCUCCCGCUUACCAUCACCCCGCCCCAUUCUCCCUCUUUCCAUCACCCCGCUCCAUUCUCCCGCUUUCCAUCACCCUGCCCCAUUCUCCCUCUUUCCAUCACCCCGCCUCAUUCUACCUCUUUCCAUCACCCCGCCCCAUUCUCCCUCUUUCCAUCACCCCGCCCGAUUCUCCAUCUUUCCAUCACCCCGCCCCAUUCUCCCUCUUUCCAUCACCCCUCCCCAUUCUCCCGCUUUCCAUCACCCCGCCCCAUUCUCCCGCUUUCCAUCACCCCGCCCCAUUCUCCCGCUUUCCAUCACCCCGCCCCAUUCUCCUGCUUUCCAUCACCCCGCCCCAUUCUCCUGCUUUCCAUCACCCCGCCCCAUUCUCCCUCCUUCCAUCACCCCGCCCCAUUCUCUCUCCUUCCAUCACCCCGCCCCAUUCUCCCGCUUUCCAUCACCCCGCCCCAUUCUCCCACUUUCCAUCACCCGCCCCAUUCUCCCGCUUUCCAUCACCCCGCCCCAUUCUCCCUCUUUCCAUCACCCCGCCCAAUUCUCCUGCUUUCCAUCACCCCGCCCCAUUCUCCUGCUUUCCAUCACCCCGCCCCAUUCUUCCUCUUUCCAUCACCCCCCCUCAUUCUCCCGCUUUCCAUCACCCCGCCCCAUUCUCCCGCUUUCCAUCACCCCGCCCCGUUCUCCCCGCUUUCCAUCACCCCGCCCCAUUCUCCCUCUUUCCAUCACCCCGCCCCAUUCUCCCUCUUUCCAUCACCCCGCCCCAUUCUCCCUCUUUCCAUCACCGCGCCCCAUUCUCCCGCUUUCCAUCUCCCCGCCCCAUUCUCCCUCUUUCCAUCACCCAGCCCCAUUCUCCAGCUUUCCAUCACCCAGCCCCAUUCUCCAGCUUUCCAUCACCCCGCCCCAUUCUCCUGCUUUCCAUCACCCCGCCCCAUUUUCCCGCUUUCCAUCACCCUGUCAGAAUGA